AUGGUAUAUAAAGAAUUAAUUAAUAGCUCACAUAAAGUAUCAAGUUACUGUCCUGUAGAAUUUCGUAUACCAUUAGAUAUUUGGUGUUCAAGCUGUAAUUUUAAAUAUGAAUGUGGAACUAAAUAUCAAGCAUUUAAAGAAUCUAAUAAGAAGAAAUUCCAAAAAAACGGGACAUAUCAACUUAUUGACAUUUAUAGAAUAUUUUGUAAAGAUUGUAAUGAACCUCUUAUAAUUGAAAUUUCUGAGGAUCCAUAUAUAAAUAAGUGUAAUAAAGUAAAUGUAAUCCAAAGAGAUUCAAUAAAAGUAAAUGAAUUAAAAGGUAUUCAUGAAGGUCUUAAUAUCCUUAGGAAUUUGCAAGAUAGUAGAGAAGAUAACUAUAAAAUGAAUAUGAUAAUGCGAAAUAAUAUACGUAAGAAGUCUAAAAAGACAAAUACUCUUUGUUCUUAUAAAGAAACUUCUAGUUCAUAUGGAGAUAUAUUUAAUAUAUCUAAAAAGAAGAAAUAG